AAUCGCACAUUAAUAGCACAAAUAAUAUAAAAAAAUUUACGAUGGCACGGCUAAUUGCUUUGUUCCUCCUUUUCGUUACGGUCUGCGUCUACGGUUAUUCUACAAAACCUCAACCAUGCGGUUCUAAUGAGGAAUGGAAUAAAUGUGCAGUGCCAAUAUUUUGUGAACUUAAAUGCGGUGAAGAUGCUCCAAAGAUAUGUUCUAAGAUAUGCGUUUCCCGUUGUCAGUGCAUAGCAGGAUAUAAGAGAAAUUUAAUUACCGGUCUUUGUGUUUCUGAGAAUUGUUAAUUUUUCUUGAAAAUAGAAUAAUGAAAUUUUUUGAGAAGCGAAUUUGUUUCAGUGAUUAUUAUACUUUAAUUGUUAAAUGUGUUUAAACUCUAUUAUAUGUAGACUCUUGUUAUUAUGUUCAGCCGUUUAUAUCAUUUUUACUGAAAGGUGUUUUGUUAUGUGAUAAUUUUAUUUUAAUAAACGCUUAAAGUUUAUUUAAUUUUAGAAUA